AUGGGCAACAGCUCUGGUCAGCCACAGUGGCCUCUGUGGCUGCUGCGGCUGCUGCAACUGCUGUUACUGCUGAGCUCCAUGAGGGCUGAAGCACCAGAGCAGCUGGAUGAACUGAGAGAGAGGUUGGGGCUUGUCCCCCCAUCGGAGUUCCAGCACAGGCUCACAGGCAUCAGGCACCGGAGGUCUGAGAGCUCCUGGAAGGUGCCCAACACCUACCUGGUGGUGUUCAAGGAACCCCUGAGGCAGGAGAUGGAGAGUAUUGUCCACCACCUGCAGACCCAGGCUGCCAGCCAGGGCUUUGUCCUCAACGUGCUGCACAUCUUCAAAGACCUCUUUCCUGCUAUCCUGAUGAAGUCACACAACAUUGCUGAGCUGGAUCUGGUCCUGAGGCUGAGGGAGGUGAAGUUCAUUGAGGAGGAUUCUUUGGCUUUUGCACAAGGCCUCCUGCAGAGACGGCAUGUGAAUUCCCCUCUGUACUAUUAUCAAAGGGCCCUCUGGAACAUGCAUCGGAUUUCUCCUGUGUGGAUCCAAUUCUGUGAGCAGGCAGUGACCAACCUUGCCCUCCUCACUGAGUGUCUAGAGGCUCCAAGGAGGCGAAGACAGGCAGGGCCUUCAGGAUUGGAAGACAACCCUGUGGAUGUGUAUCUCCUGGGCACAAGCAUCCAAAUUAAUCAUCAGGAAAUCAAGGACAGGAUUAUCAUCUCCAACAAUGAGACAGUGCCUGAGGAGCAAUGGCUAAACACCAGUGCACACAGGACACAGGACAAUUGUGAAAGCCACGGCACUCACCUGGCAGCACUGGUCAAUGGGCAGAGUGUCGGCAUUGCCAAGAACAUCAACAUACACAGCGUGCGUGUGCUCAACUGUCAAGGGAAGGGCACAGUCAGCGGGAUCCUCAUGGGCUUGGAGUUUAUUUUAAGAAAGCUGGUCUCCAAGCCCUCCAAGCGGAUGGUAGUGCUGCUGCCCCUGGUGAGUGGCUACAGUAGGAGCAUCAACAGUGCCUGCAAGAGACUAACAAGGGCUGGGGCAGUGCUGGUGGCCGCGGCGGGCAAUUUUCAGAGAAAUGCCUGUGCCUACUCCCCAGCAUCAUCUCCUGAGAUCAUCACUGUUGGAGCUAUUGAUUCACAGGACCAGCCAUUUACCCAGGGAUCUCUGGGGACCAACUAUGGCUCCUGUGUGGAUAUCUUUGCUCCUGGGAAACGCAUUGUCAGUGCAUCCAAAGACUGUAAUGUUUGCUAUGUAACACAGAGUGGAACUUCCCAGGCAGCUGCUCAUGUGGCUGGUGUUGCUUCCCUGAUGCUCACUGCUCAACCAAAUCUCACUGUGGCUGAGGUGAGGCAGAGGCUGAUCCACUACUCUGUCAGCAAUGCUAUCAAUGACACCUGGUUCCCUGAGGAAGAGCGAGACAUGACCCCCAACCUGGUGGCCGCUCUGCCCAACACCACUCAGGAAAUAGAUGGACAGCUGUUUUGCAGGACUGUGUGGUCAGCUCACUGGAAACACAGGGUGACAGAUUUUGCCAAGGCUCAAUGUCACCCGGAAGAGGAGCUGCUUGGCUGUUCCAGUUUCUCCCACAGUGGGAAUCGGAAGGGCGAGCGUGUGGGGACUCAAGGUAACAGUCGCAUUUGUCUGGCAUUUGGAGAUAGACAUGUUUCUGCGGUGGCCCGAUGCUGUCUGCUCCCCAGAGCCAACUGCAGUGUCCACACAGCUCCUCCAACCUUGGUGGGGAUGAAGACCUACAACAAAUGCCCACAUCCUGACCAUGUCCUCACAGGCUGCAGCUCCCAUUGGCGGACAGAGAAUCUUGGUGUCUUCCAAAAUACUACACGGAAUCAAGUUCCUAAUCAUCCCAGAUGGUGCACAGGGCACAAGGAGGCCAGUGUUCACGCUUCCUGCUGCCAUGCUCCAGGCCUGCAGUGCAAGAUGAAGAAGUACAGGGCAUUAAGUCCCUGGAAGAAGGUCACCGUGACCUGUGAUGUGGGCUGGACGCUGACCAGCUGUAGUGCUCAUCCCGAGACCUCGGUCACCCUGGGAGCCUUCCCUAUGGACAACAUGUGUGUGGUGAGGCACCAGCACACUAACAUAAGAAGAUGGACCAGUGAGAACUUGGUAAUAGUCACAGCCAUCUGCUGCCAGAUCCAGCCCUCAGGCCAGCUGUAG